AUGGAUUCUCCUCGCAAUUCGGAUUCUAGUCAUGCUCACAGCUGGAUUCCCCCCUCGCCUUCUUGGGUUAAAUUGAAUGUCGGCGCAGCUUGGAUCAAAGGCUCUAAGAAAUGUGGCAUUGGAAAUAUUAUAAGGGAUCACUCUGGUCUCCCUCUCUCGGCUUAUUCAGUUGGUGUUCAUUGUGAUUCAGCUUUCCUUGCCGAAGCUCUUGCCAUUCGCUCGGGCCUUCUUCUCGCAGCUAGAGGUGGCUUCAGGAAGGUUUUGGUGGAAUCGGAUUGCUACUCAUUAAUCAAGCAAUUAUCCUCUUCUGAACCUGAGCUUGCCAUUGAGAGUAUUCAUCACGAUAUUGUUCUUCUUCAGAAAUCUUUUGAUGAUUACUCUUUUUCUUUUGUUCCAAGGUCUGCCAAUACAGUGGCUGAUUCCUUGGCCAGGUCGGCCCUUUCGAUUGAGUCUCCGAUUGUUUGGCCUCUUACCUCUCCUUGGAUUCUUCAUCUUUGUGAGAAUGAAGUCAGUGUUUGUAAUGACUCUUUAGUUCAAUGA